CAAUUUUGUAUCCAGUUUAUAUUAGGUUAAGAUUUUUGGAAAACUUUUGGUGAGAAUAGGAUGUCAACGAGUGGAAUUUUGUUCCUGUCGGGGCAGAACGGGCUUGGUCUCAGUAACAUUGGUGCAGUGAACACUCAGUGUUGGACAUGUCGGCGUCAAUGGAACUUGGGCUCAACUGCUUGGAUCAUAGUUCUCUGUGUCAUGUGGAGCACCGGUCAACUUACGGCGCAUGAGCUCCCGUGCUGGACCCCAACUGGUCAUAAUUUGACAUACCACUUCGCACCAAGGUUUCAUGCUGCCAAACAGGUAGAGUCAGGAACACGUAACCUGCGGAUCGCAGUACAUUACACCCAUGCACUCAAAUCAUUGCCCAACUUUCCAGCAAUAACGGAGAAACUUCUGCUUCCUGCAAUCAAAUUCUGGACCGAUACGCUGGCAGCCAAAAAUCCUCAGGUUUCCAAUCUACUUUUCUCCCGAAGUUGUGUGUCUGAACGAUCUGUACGAUUCAAAUCUCCCGAUGGUGUCUACCGCGAAUACUGUACCUACGGAUGCCAACGUGACACAUACUGCUACACAGCUCGAGUCCCAGAAGAAUACCUGGACGUGAGUUAA